AGAGUCCAGACAAUAUUGAACGAGACAAAAUGGUCUACGACGUCGUUUACCAUUUUGGUUCUUCCUUGUUCUCUCACCCCGACUCGUUCACUGACUCGGUUGGUGCUUGAUUCGUGCCGAUGAAGUGCCGAUCCGUGGCCUGCCUCUGGUCUCGAGCUCCUCCAUCUCAUCGAGUCACCGCCACAGCCUCUCUAACAAAUCCACCGACUCUCUAUACCGGUGGAUCCGAUGGGUCAAUCAUCUGGUGGAGCAUCUCGUCUUCUUCCGAGUCCAAUUCGGUAACUCGUCUCUCGUCUUCCGAGAUUAAGCCGAUUGCUAUGUUGUGUGGCCAUACUGCACCAAUAGUGGAUCUUGCCGUUUGUGAUCCUACUACGGUUUCAGGGAACGGAGUUACAUCAGAUUGUUCGGAUAAUGGUAACGCGGAUCCGUUUGUUAACUGUUGUGCAUUGAUCAGUGCUUGUUCUGAUGGUGUAUUGUGUGUAUGGAGUAGAAGUAGUGGUCAUUGUAGGCGGCGUAGAAAGUUACCUCCUUGGGUUGGAAGUCCGUCGAUUUUGUGUACUUUGCCAUCAGAGCCUAGAUAUGUAUGUGUUGGGUGUUCUUAUAUUGAUACUCAAUCUGUUGAUACUGUUGAUGGGGCUGAGACUUUAGCAGAUACUGAUUUUCAGAACAGGAAACCGUCGAGGUGUACUGUGGUGGUUGUUGAUACUUAUACUCUUACGAUUGUUCAUACAGUUUUCCAUGGGAAUUUGUCUAUUGGUUAUUUGAAUUUUAUGGGUGUGGUGCAAUUGGAGGAGCAGGAAUCGUUGCUCAUGGCGGAUUCGUUUGGUAGGUUGCAGUUGGUUCCUGUGUCAGAGAACUCUGAGAAGGGUGAAGAUGUAUCUGAAUCGAGCAAAGGCUCUGUUGUGUCUAGGAACUGGUUAAAUGAAGGGGAAAUAGCUGUAUCAGUGAUAACCCGAGGGAAUCUUGUUGCUUUUUUCUCAAAGAAUAGGUGUGUCUUUUGGUUGUUGAAUCGCGAGGAGGCAAUAGGAGAGAUAUCUUUUGUUGAUGAUUCGCUUUGUUCUGAAAAUCAUUCUCCAAAUUUUCAUUUCAAAGAAGCAAUGAUACUUUACUCUAGUACAUCAACUAUCGAAGGUGAUAAAGAUGAUAGAAUUUCCGAAACUUUUGUGCUGUGGGAUGAUAAUGGUUCUGCUGUGCUGUUUGUUAUGUCAUAUAUAGAUGGAGAUUUUACGUAUAAAAACCUCGGUGAGAUUGUUACUCCCCCUGAUAAGCAUUCCGUGAAAUCAACGUUUUGUUUUGUACAGUUGAGGCAGUAUCUUCUUCGCGUUGAGUCUACCUGUUGUGAUGUUGAACAACCUUCUCAAUGGAGGCCCCAUAUAACUGUCUGGUCACUAUGCCUAGGAGGAAUAGGUAGUGAAAAAGAACUUCAGCGCAAAUUGCUUGGAGAAGGCUCCUAUUUUGCUGAUUGGAUUUCAAGCUGUUGUUUAGAUACCACGGGCUCCAUUAGUGCAGAAACCGGUAUUUCCCAUUUAGGAAGUCAAUGCAGUACCGAAAAUGGUCUACAAAGCUUUGUUAGUGACAAUAGACAGUGCGUGUCAUCGUCCAUGGUUAUUUCUGAGAACAUGUAUGUCCCAUAUGCUGUUGUCUAUGGUUUCUUUAGUGGUGAGAUAGAAAUUGCAAAGUUUGAUUUUCUUCAUGGACUUGAUUCUCCUGCUUCAAGCCCGAGAUCUGACACUGAUUCAUUCGUCUCUAGAAAGCGUCUAUUGGGACAUACAGGAUCUGUUCUAUGCUUAGCAGCGCAUCGAAUGUUUGGGGAUGCAAAUGGAUGUGGUUCUUCUCAUGUUUUGAUCUCGGGAAGUAUGGACUGUACCAUCCGCAUUUGGGAUCUCGAAAGUGGAAAUGUAAUCAUGAUCAUGCAUCAUCAUGUUGCUCCGGUGCGCCAGAUCAUUCUAGCCCCAGCUCGAACAGAACGCCCAUGGAGCAAUUGCUUUCUAUCUGUUGGGGAUGAUUCAUGUGUUGCUCUUUCUUCUCUUGAGACUUUGCGUGUUGAAAGGAUGUUUCCUGGGCACCCAAACUAUCCUACAAAAGUCGUAUGGGAUGGUACAAGAGGCUACAUUGCAUGUCUUUUCCGCUCCCUUUCGAGAAAAUCAGAUCCAAUUGAUGUCUUGUACAUUUGGGAUGCGAAGACAGGUGCUCGGGAACGUGUCCUCAAUGGGGCAGCUUCACAUUCGAUGUUUGAUCAUUUCUGUGCAGGCAUUAGUGAGAAAUCUUAUUCUGGCACUGUGUUAAAUGGAAAUACGUCAGUUUCUUCUUUGCUUUUCCCAGUAGACGAAGAGAGGAAACCAUUUUAUUUGAAGAACUAUGAGCGAGCAGCCUCUUUGUCAACAUCUAAGCCAAGUGCUUCGCAGGAAAAGGCUAGAGAAGAGAGUUCUAUUGCUUCGUCUUUUCUCCAAAGCAUCAGAUACCCUCCCAUCAAAUGCACUUGCCCAUUCCCUGGAAUAUCUACUCUGAUUUUCGAUCUUUCGUCUUUAGCAGUUUCUUGUCAAACACAUGAAGACUCUGAUAUGCAUAAGAUGCUAGAAGAGAAGAGUGAUAAGCCAACUGCUCAGCAGAAGACUUCAAAUGACAAGUCUCCUGUCCAGAAGACUCUUGAUAACCCUGCAGAAGUUGUUGACAUGGACAAGGCAAUUGGGGAAUAUCUAAUUCGAUUUAGUUUAUCCUUUCUGCAUUUGUGGGGUAUAGAUUCUGAACUCGAUCAAAUGCUAGUAGCACAUCUAAAGCUAAAAAGACCAGAGAGUUUUAUUGUAACCUCCGGUUUGCAGGGGGACAAAGGGUCUUUGAAAUUAGCAUUCCCCGGUUUGAAUGCAACACUUGAGCUCUGGAAAUCAUCUUCGGAGUUUUCUGCGUUGAGGUCAGUGAUGAUGGUGUCGCUUGCUCAAUGCAUGAUAAGUCUGUCACAUUCCACUGCCACAUAUAGCAGCAACUUGGCAGCAUUCUACAAACGAAAUCUGGAUGAGAAAUAUCCAGAUCUGAAGCCACCAUUACUUCAGCUUUUGGUAACUUUCUGGCAAGAUAAAAGCGAACAAGUUCGUAUGGCUGCUCGGUCAUUAUUCCACCACACUGCUUCUUUGGAAAUACCUCUUCCAUUAUGCAGUGAUCACGCAUCUGAACAUGCAAAACUGGUGAUAUCCCUGUCUGGAAUCAGUCUGAACGAACCUAAAGUUCUUAGCACAGGGGAAGAAUAUCCCACAAACAGUGUGGACUCUGAGCAUAUCCAUCAAGCUCAACGGCUUUCUCAGGCUGAGGAGUCAGAACUACUCUCCUGGCUUGAAUCUUUUGAAAUGCAAGACUGGAUUUCUUGCAUUGGGGGAACAAAUCAGGACGCAAUGGCGGCUCACAUCAUUGUUGCGGCUGCCUUAUCAAUCUGGUACCCAAGUCUAGUAAAACCUGGUCUAGCCAUGCUAGUCGUCCACAAAUUGUUGAACCUGGUUAUGGCCAUGAGUGAGAAAUACAGCUCGACUGCUGCGGAGCUUCUCUCAGAAGGAAUGGAGACUACAUGGAAAACAUGGAUCGGACCUGACAUUCCUCGGAUAGUUUCAGACAUAUUUUUCCAAAAAGAGUGUCAAUUCCUCAAUAGGAGCACAUCAAGCUGUACCAUCGUCUAUAAAGGAGACUCUGGUCGAAAUUCUUCUUCCAAGUUUAGCCAUGGCGGAUGUCCUUGGCUUUCUUAGCAUUAAUAGAGAGCCAAAUAUGGUCUACCGCUUCCGAUUCUCCUGUUCAUGUAG